AUGUUACGUAGCCUCUCCCUGCUUCUUAUGCUAACCCUGAAGGGACUGUCUGCAGAUGAAGUUCCUAAUGUGGCACUUGAAGGUGUAGCAUCCCAGUCCAGCACCUUUAACGAAUAUGGACACCCUGGCAAUGCCAUUGAUGGGUCCCCAUCCAGUGAUUACAUGCAAAAAAAAUGCAGCCACACUGGCUUAGAUAUUAAUCCAUGGUGGACAGUGGAUCUGAGAAAAAGGUUUGACGUGUUCAGCAUAAAAAUCAUCAAUCGAGGAGACUGUUGUGAAGAGCGUAUAAACGGGGCUGAAAUCCGAAUUGGGAAUUCGCUGAGGAGAGAUGGCACAACCAAUCCCAGCUAUGGCCUGAUGGUCUCAAUGAAACUGCUUGAGCGCAUAGCAGAGAAUGGAGUGGAAAUUAUUAGAACAGAUCUCAAAUGGUUUUGUUGUUCAUGUGCCACAAUCGACUCCAUGGGCCUUGGGGAAACACGCUCAUUUGACUGUAAAGGAAUGCAAGGGCGGUACGUGACUGUGACCAUCCCAGGCAGAGAAAAAUACCUCACAUUGUGUGAAGUCCAAGUGUUUGGUCUACCAGUAAGUUCUUCUGAUCUCCUUGAAAAAGCCUUUAUUUUCCCGGAGGAAACAGACACUAGCUAUGUUGUCCUGUCCCCAGCUCUGCCCUUGAGUCUUGGAGCAUUCACACUUUGCAUGAAGGUGGCCUCAGAGUUACCAGCCAAUCGGGAAAUCAUUCUUUUCGCCUACCGCACCAAGGACUAUGAUGAACUUAACGUGUGGCAAGAGUUUAAUGGCACCUUCAGCUUGUACCUGAGUGGUCCUGGGGUGCACUUCACUCUCCCAACACUCAACACCUUUGGGAGCCAUAUGUGUGUGACCUGGGACUCCAAAUCCGGUCUCACGGCCUUUUGGGUAAAUGGUAAAAGGAGCGUAAGAAAAUUGUUGAGACAAGGGCAUAGGAUCCAACUACAGGGCACUGUUAUACUGGGGCAAGAUCCGGAUUCUUUCUUUGGCAGCUUUGACAAGGCCCAAAGCUUUGUGGGAGAAAUAAGCGACCUUUAUACGUGGGACCAUGUCUUAUCACCCUCCAUUAUCGAGGAUGUUUACCUCCACCAUUCAUUUCCCAAGGGAAAUAUUUUUGAUUGGCAAUCAUUAUCAUAUGAGUGUACGGGAAAUGUGAUCUUGGAGUGAUGUGUUGUGUAAUGUGAACAAAGAGGCUUCUGAUGUUCUAAUGUUUCAUUUCUCCUACAUGUGCACAAAAAUAAAACAGAACGAGAA